UUCAGCCGCUACAGUCUGCUCAACUUAUAGACCACGAAGAAAGGCUAGUCUCAGCAAGGUUUUUAGAGCUAAUUAUAGCUAAAAAUAGCACGGAUCACGCUUGAGGAUGAUUUUCAGUCGAAAUUUGGAGGUAUAUGUAAAUAAAAUACGAGGGUAAAGUUUUUGCAGCUAGCUAACGGGCAUCAGUUAGCAUAAACACUUCCUUAAUGCGGUGCUGAACGGGAGGACAGUCAGGGAGCAGCCGUGAAUUUACAAAAUGUGACGACUGGUUUAUUUUUUAUUAUUAUUAAACGCGUUAAAGUCCAAACGUGUUGUUCGGUUAAUAAGUGAAGGUAAAUAAAUUUAUUUUAGCGAUAUUUAUGUAACCGGGGUUAGUUAGCUGCCUCACUGUGUUUACAGUCAGUACAGUAAGCGGUCAGUUGACUAAGAACGACAAAAGUGAUUUCCAGAGCAACUAGCUAAUUAAAUAACUUAAAUUCAUUAAUGUUAUCAUCAAUAUCUUUUAUAUCUUAAUAUUACACAUAGCUUUAGGAAUGUUUGCUUGCAUCAUUCGCUAGUUAUCUAAUUAAUUAUUCCUAGCUAGUUACCUUUUCUAGUUCAUUUUAUUUACUAGCAAAAGUUGCUAACACGUCUGCUAAACUAGCUGAAUUGCUAUUGUCUUUUCCCCCCUUAAAAUAUUUUUCUUUUUUAAAACGUUUAGUCAAGUUUUUAUUUAUUUUAAAAAAAAAACCUCACUGAGGAAAAAAAAUAUCUACAGGCUAUAUUUUAAAUGGUAGUCCAAAUUACCCAUAGUUCCACUUUGGUUAUUCUGGGAACCAUUUCGUAACGUUUUGAGAACGUUUUAUUUUGGUGAGCAAACGUACUUGUCCAGGAAGUUUUCAGAUUUUUAUUUGAUUUUUUUUAAAUAUACAAACUUGAGUUGUAUUGAGAACUUGAGAGGGGAGGAAAUAGCUCUCAGAACAAAAAACAAACAUUUCCAGAACGUUUUAGAAACCAAUACCUGUAAAUUAGGUAACUGUUAGCGUUACUCAGCCAUAUAGCGACGUUGGAUAGAUUGAUAUCGAUAUAAAUGGGGUAACUGUUAACAUUAUAUGAUUGCGUGUAAUUUAAUGAUGCAUUCUUCUCAAACAUAAAAACAGAAGUUUUACAGUACGACUUAAACGUGUAAAAAGUUUACCUACUAGUUGAGACGCUUGGAUCUCAUGCAAGUCGGACACGUUUCAGAAGCGUUAAUGUUAUACAGUUGACCAUUGUUCUCAUUAGUAUGUGCGAAACUGCACUGGUUCGUUUUAUCUAGGUCUGCAAAAAAAAAAUCAAGGAAAAAAUGCCUGUAUUAUAUUCAAAACUGCCCUCGCAGCUGAAGAGGUCUUCAGCAGCAAAGAAAGCGGUUUUCCUCCUCGUUGCUGCGUAUGGAGUGAAAAGACUCUACCCGUAUAUUUCUGAAAGACUGAAAGGACAGGCUGAUCCUCAGUGCGGUAGACUGAAUGCACAUCAUGUGAAUGGAGAGCCGCUGGAGGUCACGGAGAGGCGAAAGAGGAAGAGAAACUCUCCGGCUGUGAACCGAGAAUUCCUUUUGCGUUUAAAGCGACUUCUGAGCAUUCUUUUCCCUCGGCUUUUCUGCAAAGAGCUGGCUCUGCUGGGUUUCCACUCGAUCGCUCUUAUCUCGCGCACAUUCCUGUCUAUUUAUGUUGCCAACUUGGAUGGUAAAAUAGUGAAGACCAUAGUGAAAAAAGACCCCCAGGCAUUUGUGUGGGAGUUAACCAAAUGGCUCCUGAUCGCUAUCCCUGCAACGUUUGUGAACAGUGCUAUCCGUUAUCUAGAAGGUCAGCUAACCCUGGCGUUUCGCACCAGGCUGGUGAGCCAUGCUUACCACCUCUACUUCAGCAACCAGACCUAUUACCGCGUCAGCAACAUGGACGGCAGGCUGGCCAACCCGGACCAGUCGCUGACCGAAGACAUGGUGAUGUUCGCCGGCUCUGUGGCCCACCUGUACUCCAACCUGACCAAGCCCUGCCUGGAUGUCGUGAUGACCUGCUACACGCUGAUCAAAACAGCGGAGUCUAAAGGCGCCAACACGACUUGGCCUUCGGCGAUCGCCGGCAUCGUAGUGGCGCUCACAGCCAAAAUCCUGCGGGCGUUUUCUCCACGCUUCGGCAAACUGGUGGCCGAAGAGGCCAAGAGAAAAGGGGACCUGAGGUACAUGCAUUCACGCAUCAUCGCCAACUCGGAGGAGAUUGCCUUCUACGGGGGUCACAAGGUGGAGAGGUCACAGCUGCAGCGGAGCUACGAGGCACUGCGCUCGCAGAUCAACCUGAUCCUCUUCAAGCGGCUGUGGUACGUCAUGCUCGAGCAGUUCCUCAUGAAGUACCUGUGGAGCGCCUCGGGUCUCGUCAUGGUGGCCGUGCCCAUCAUCACCGCUCCGGGGUAUUCCUCACGUGAUUCAGAGGACGUGAAGCAGGCAGUGAUGGUGAUGAAGGAGGAAGAGAUGGUGAGCGAGCGCACGCAGGCAUUUACCACAGCCAGGAAUCUUUUAAACGCAGGAGCCGACGCUGUGGAGCGGAUUAUGAGCUCCUACAAGGAGGUGACGGAGCUAGCAGGCUACACGGCGCGUGUGUAUGAGAUGUUUGAUGUUUUUGAGGAGGUGCGCGUUGGUGUGUAUCGCCGAUCAGUCGAGGACCCACAGGGUACAGAGAACCGUGGCGGUUCACGUGAGGUGAAACAUGGUAUGAGGUUGGAGGGGCCGCUACAUAUUCGAGGUCAAGUGAUUGACGUGGAGCAAGGCAUCAGGUGUGAGAACCUGCCUAUUAUCACACCCACAGGUGAUGUGGUAGUAUCCAGCCUCAACAUCAAGGUGGACGAAGGAAUGCAUCUGUUAAUCACAGGCCCGAAUGGCUGUGGUAAGAGCUCGCUGUUUCGGAUCCUGAACGGUCUGUGGCCUGUGUACAGUGGCGUCCUGUAUAAACCUCCGCCGCAGCACAUGUUCUACAUCCCACAGAGGCCUUAUAUGUCCGUGGGCACUCUGCGGGAUCAGGUGAUUUACCCCGACACGGAUCAGGAGAUGCAGGAGCGAGGCUUCACUGAUCAGCAGCUAGAGGGAAUCCUGCGCACCGUCAACCUCCUCUAUAUCCUCGAGAGGGAGGGAGGUUGGGAUGCAGAAAGUGAUUGGAAGGACGUUCUAUCUGGAGGAGAGAAACAGAGAAUGGGCAUGGCCAGGAUGUUCUACCACAAGCCCAAAUACGCUCUACUGGACGAGUGCACCAGUGCCGUUAGUAUUGAUGUGGAGGGCAAAAUCUUUGAAGCUGCCAAGGAUGCUGGGAUUGCGCUUCUCUCAAUCACACACCGUCCAUCUCUAUGGAAAUACCAUACCCACCUGCUGCAGUUUGACGGCGAGGGCGGCUGGCGCUUCGAAAAGCUGGACGCGUCUACACGGCUCUCGCUGCAGGACGAGAAGCUGCGGCUGGAGACGCAGCUCUCAGGGAUCCCCAAGAUGCAGCAGCGUCUGUCUGAACUGUGCAGCAUUCUGGGUGAAAACAGCAGCCUGCUGAGCCCCACAGAGACAGAGGGGGAGCGACAAGGGGAGGAGGAGAGAGACAGGAAGCAGCAGGAGGAGAGGGUGGAGAGAGACGCGCUCUCCGGUGAACAGGGACGAGGCCUUAUGGAGUGAUUUGAUGCCAGGAGACGGAGAUGAUUUCAAAGCCAGCUGUUUGUGCGUGUGAAAGUGUGUGUGUGUGUGUGUGUGUGUGUGUGUGUGUGUCUGUGCGAGUGUGCUGAACCAUGUACGUGGGUAAAAAAAAAAACUCAGAUCAGAAUUCUUAGCUCUGAUGUGGUCUUUAGGGGCUUUUCUUAACCAUGUUUUCCACUUCAUGCAUGUUUGUGCAUGUGUGUGUGUUCGAGGUGCAGAAAAGCUGGAGGUUGGUGCCAGUUCUUGCAGGUGCAGUAGAUAAUGAAAGCUGCUCAAUCCCAUGUUUUUACAAUUCUCUACAGAAUUUGCACAAACUCUCUCUGGCACCUUGGAUGCGUGUGUGUGUGUGUGUGAGGAAGUGAGAAGGGAGGUAUUUGAGGAAAGAGCUGCUGUCAGCCCACUGACUACAGUUGUGUUUGUUGUACUGUUCGUUUUAUUUUAAUACCAGUCUCGCGAUGCUGAUGAAACGUUAUGGAUUACCACUCAGUGCUGUAGGCUUCUUUUUGGGCCGUGUUUUGUACAAAGAGCAGAAGGUUGUGAAUUUUAUACUCCGUCAGAAUGAUAACCACUGCACAGUUUGAUGGAGCGGUUCGUGAAACUAUGAAUCAGGGUUGGGGCGAUUUACGCCGGAAACUUGUAUCACGAUACUUUUAAAAAUUUUCUCCCAAUUUAGUUCUACCUUGUUUCCAUCCUCUAGCUACAGGUCAUAUGACCAUCACCCAUCUUAGAAGAUAUAAAGCCUAGAUUUUCUUCUUUAACAUGCUUCUAGGAGAGCGCUGUGCUAUUCUGUAUUCACGAGAUAAGAAAGUUGCACAACUUCAUCGGACAGCGUGAUAUGGCACGGUUCAGUAGGAAGUCGGUUGUCUGUAUAUAAGUACCUAUGAUGCAAUUGGGUUCCCUUUUAUCAGGGUACGUGUGGAGCUAGAAAUGGUGCAAACGGUUGAUAGGUCAAACCAGUGCUAUUUAAACUACUGGGCGUGAAUUGUCAAGAUUCAAACUCGUGAUCUGAAAAAAAGAGCAAAAUCUUUUACAUGACUUGAGAACCCAAAAACAUCAUAGGAAGUUAUUUUUACAACAUGCAAUCCAUAUAUUAACAUUUGCUAAAUAUACACAGUAACGAUCCUUUUUUUUUCCUCUCUAAACUUAUAGUUUCAAUAAAUUAGAUUAAAAUAAAUAUUAUAAUUAAGGAAUAAAAUGUGCAGGGGUGUGCUGUUAUAGGAAGACGAUCAGUAGCAGCGUGAUGUUAUUAACCUAAAGUUGAUUAUUUAAAUAAUAUCAGUUGGCGUUGAGUGGUAUAUCAGAUAUAUUCCAUUCAGCUAGCAUGAUAUUGAACAAGUCAAAAACGAGUAGCUGAAUGGAAUAUAUCUGAUAGACCACGAACAAACCAGCCAUUAUUAUUAUUAUACAUACUCUCUUCAUAUCAGCGUUCUCGAAGGCCAACGCUAGCUCCCCCGUGACUCAGUGUUGUUAGCAUGGCAGUCCAGUUACCUUCCAGCCGGUGUAGUGUUAGCGAAGUGUAGUGUUAGCAGUGUGUGUGUGUGAUUGGGUGUGAGCUGUAUACUAUCUACUGUACAAAAAAUUGCCCCAUUAGGGGAUAAUAAAGUGAUUUUGAACCUUGAAGGCCAACGCUAGCUCCCCCGCGACUCAGUGCUGUUAGCAUGGCAGUCCAGUUACCUUCCAGCUGGUGUAGUGUUAGCGAAGUGUAGUGUAGUGUUAGCAGUGUGUGUGUGAUUGGGUGUGAGCUGUAUACUAUCUAUUGCACAAAAGAUUGCCCCAUUAGGGGAUAAUAAAGUGAUUUUGAACCUUGAAGGCCAUCGCUAGCUCCCUCGCGACUCAGUGCUGUUAGCAUGGCAGUCCAGUUACCUUCCAGCCAGUGUAGUGUUAGCGAAGGCCAACACUAGCGCAGUCAAGCCGAAUAAUCAAGUCAAGACAUUUUUCUGGCCAUUUUGAGCAUUUUAAGGAACAGUCCACCGUACUUCCAUAAUGAAAU